AUGGAUCAGCUCCAGGGUUUGGAGUACUGUAUUGAUUCCAAUCCUUCUUGGGGGGAGUCAAUUGCUUUGGGUUUCCAGCAUUACAUUUUGGCUUUAGGGACAGCCGUUAUGAUUCCAACCUUCCUUGUCCCUUUGAUGGGCGGUGACCAUGGGGAUAAAGUCAGAGUGGUACAGACUCUACUGUUCGUACAAGGGAUCAAUACCCUUAUUCAGACACUGUUUGGGACGCGUCUCCCCACCGUGAUUGGUGGCUCCUACGCAUUUAUGGUCCCAAUCAUGUCAAUAAUUCACGACCCUGCUUUGACCAGAAUAGAGGACGAUCAUUUGAGGUUUUUGAGCAGCAUGAGAGCUGUACAAGGUGCUUUAAUAGUAUCAUCUAGCAUUCAGAUAAUUCUUGGAUACAGUCAAUUGUGGGCCAUUUGUUCCAGGUUCUUCAGCCCACUUGGGAUGGUUCCAGUAAUUUCUUUACUGGGUUUUGGACUAUUUGACAGAGGCUUCCCUGUGGUUGGGCGUUGUGUGGAAAUUGGAGUGCCCAUGCUCAUACUAUUCGUAACCUUCUCUCAGUACUUGAAGAACUUUCACUUCAGGCAAUUGCCAGUACUAGAGCGGUUCGCCUUGCUAAUAUCGGUUACUGUAAUAUGGGCAUAUGCACAUCUCUUGACAGCAAGUGGCGCAUACAAGCAUCGUCCAGACCUUACGCAGGGCAACUGCAGAACUGACAGGGCCUACCUCAUUUCUGCUGCUCCAUGGAUAAAGAUUCCUUAUCCACUGCAAUGGGGAGCCCCAACUUUUGAUGCUGGUCAUUGCUUUGGGAUGAUGGCUGCUGUUAUAGUCUCACUCAUUGAGUCAACUGGAGGAUACAAAGCUGCAUCAAGGCUAGCAAGUGCCACGCCGCCACCAGCUCAUGUGCUUAGCCGCGGAAUUGGCUGGCAAGGAAUUGGCAUACUGCUUAGUGGCAUGUUUGGAACGUUGAGUGGCUGCACUGUGUCCGCAGAAAAUGUGGGGUUGCUUGGGAGCACUCGUGUUGGCAGUCGGAGAGUCAUUCAAAUUGCAGCUGGUUUCAUGAUCUUCUUCUCAAUCUUGGGGAAAUUUGGAGCAUUAUUUGCAUCAAUACCAUUCCCAAUAUUUGCUGCUUUGUACUGUGUCCUCUUUGGUCUUGUUGCUUCCGUUGGUUUGUCAUUCUUGCAAUUCACAAAUAUGAACUCAAUGAGGAACCUGUUCAUCGUCGGAGUUGCCUUGUUUCUUGGUCUGUCUAUCCCUGAGUACUUCAGGGAAUACACUUCCAAGGCUUACCAUGGUCCAUCUCACACGAAAGCCGGCUGGUUCAAUGAUUUCCUGAACACAAUCUUCUUCUCAUCCCCAACCGUGGCGUUGAUAGUAGGAGUGUUCCUGGACAAUACACUUGACUACAAGGAUAGUGCCAGAGAUAGAGGAAUGCCAUGGUGGGCUAAAUUCAGAUCAUUCCAAGGAGACAGCAGGAAUGAAGAAUUCUACACCCUACCUUUCAACCUCAAUCGUUUCUUCCCUCCAUCCUGA